AUGUAUUCGUCAUCUUUCUUUUCAAAGAGAGAUUCGGCUUGUGAACACUUGUCACGUUCGUCAACAUUUUCCUCAAAACCUAUUCUUGUUUACCGCAUCAACAGAAACUCUGGACUGUUGCUGCUAUUGCUAUGGUGUUUCCUUAUAUCGGUCUUUGUGCUGUAUGAUCCAGUAUGUCCCCGUCAAAAUAUUUUCCGUCGAAUUCAUUAUAUGAAUAGACCUCACUUCAUCAGCCCGGAUGUGUUCAAAAACUGUGCGUACGCAUGCGUCAUGACCGAAGGAUGGGAUUAUUCGUCAGCGGAUAUUGUAAUCUGGCAGGGAAUCGACAACCCUUUAUACCCUCCAAGAAAAUACAUCAACCAGACAUGGGUUUUCCAUUCUAUGGAACCGCCUCCACUUCACGUGAACACGUUGAAAUUAUGGGAUGGAUUAAUUAACUGGACAAUUUCCUAUAGACGCGAUUCCGAUUUUUAUAGUCCUUACGGAAUUUUCCGAAGAGUUCCGAAUAAGUCGAUGCUAUCUACGUAUACCGAUCUGUUGAACUGGCAAACUAGGUCAGAUGUUCUAUGGUUUGUUUCGAACUGUUAUGUGCCAAGCGUUCGUUCAGAAUAUGCUGCAGAGCUUGGAAAAUACAUGCAUGUGGAUGUAUAUGGGAAAUGUGGCACAAAAAAUUGUAGUGGAAACUGGAAUUCAUGUUCAAAAAAUUUACAAAAUCGUUACAAAUAUUAUCUUUCAUUCGAAAAUUCGUUAUGUCGAGAUUAUAUCACAGAGAAAAGUAUAAAAAUAUACGAAACACUAUUUAAUGCUAUUCCGAUACCUCGAACUGGAGCAAAUGUGUCAUUGUUUCUUCCUCCGGACUCUUAUCUUUCAACUGUCGAUCGUUCAACAGUGGAAUCUUUAGCUGUAUAUCUGACUAAGCUAAAGUCACCACACCCCUUUUUCCGUUGGAGGAAGUCCUACAUUGCAGAAGACACUAUAGCGUCGGAGUCUAUUUUCUGUGAGCUGUGUCGGCGUAGUCAUACCGUGAACAAAUACAGACGUGUGUACCGAAGUCUGGACACGUGGCUCAGGGGAAACGAAGGCGGUGUCCCAAGUAUGUGUCACAAAGUUAAAGAUUUGUAA